GACUAAAGCAGAAGGAGUUGCACUCCGUGAACUUGAAAAUAACAAAAAAAUUGUAAUCAAGCCGGCUGAUAAAGGGGGACAAAUUGUAAUCCAGAAUAAGAGUGACUACGAACAGGAAGUGUUUAGACAGUUGGGCAAUGUUAAACAUUAUAAAGUAUUACCAAAUGACCCGGUCUUUGAUAUUAUGAAGUUGAUAGCCACAGAAGUGAAAUAUGCAGUAGAUGACGGUAUAAUUAAUGAUAUACAGGCACAAUUUCUUAUCAAUAGACACCCGAUAACCCCGGUAUUAUAUACUCUACCGAAAGUACAUAAAAAUCCAACAAAUCCUCCUGGACGUCCAAUUGUAGCUGGCACUGACUCUGUCCUUCAACCAUUAGCAGUCUUCUUAGAUACAUUUUUACAACCACUAGCCCAGGCGGGGCAAUCAUAUCUGAGAGACACUACACAUCUUUUGAAUAAAUUAAGAGAGAUUCAAAUGCCAGAUAAUAACUUUAUUCUAGCUACUUUAGAUGUGCAGAGUCUGUACACAUCUAUACCACAUGAGGAGGGUAUACAGACCUGUAGAGAAAGACUAGAACAAGACAACCUGGAACCUAGAUUAAUUGAAUUUUUGGUAACAUUGUUACAGAUAGUAUUGACUAGGAAUUAUUUCAGGUAUGGGUCAUUGUUCUAUGAGCAGAUUCAGGGGACAGCAAUGGGGGCAAAUAUGGCGCCCUCUUAUGCUAAUAUCUUUAUGACAGCAUUUGAGAAACAGUAUGUUGAUAUUCAACAUACAUUUUUUGACUAUAUACAUUGGUGGUGUCGCUAUAUAGAUGACUGCUUUAUGAUCUGGACGGGGUCUGAAAAACAACUCAUUGAUUUUGUUGAGUAUCUGAAUACCUGUCACACUACAAUUAAAUUCACUUGCACUUCUUCCUUAGAUACUGUUGAAUUCCUGGAUGUGAGGAUUUACAAGGGUGAGGGCAGAGUAGAGACUGAUCUUUAUCAGAAACCAAUGGCUACCAAUAGCUAUUUGCAUGCUGCUAGUUUCCACCCAAGAUCACAGUUAAUAUAAGUUCUUCACUGCACGUUUGUAAAUCACAUUGAAGCACAUUAUUACCUGCGCUCACAAUUGUCUUCACCCUGGUGAAUAAUCUCCCAUUGGUUGCGCUGUCAGCCGAAAUCUG